AUGAUUGUUUUCUUCGCGAGAAACGCUCCCAAAUUAAAGCCCUUUUACUUCGACAAGAAUGCCAUAAACGGACAGUCAGUCCGUGUCUACUGUCGUCUACUGGAGGGAAGUCCUCCUCUGGAGUUCCGAUGGCUUAAAGACGGCCAUCAGCUGAAGCCCCUGACAUCGGAUGCAUCGAUGGGAGUGUCCAUAGAGUCUCACGAAGAUUACUCAUCGCUGGUUAUCGAUCGCGUGUCGGCCAUCAGUUCUGGUGUCUAUACGUGCUAUGUCUCCAACAUCUAUGGCUCAGACACAUGGAGUGAUGGCUUCUUCAUGGAUGCAGUUAGCGGUCGGUUAUCCGACAAUCUGCCGCCAUAUAUGCGGACAGCGGUGUUGAUCCCGAUUCUGGUGGCGAUCGUGAUUAUAGUGAUCGCCUGUUCGGCCGCUUAUGUCUACAUAAAGGUUGAGGAGAGAAAUGUUCAGCUCAUGAAAGCCGGCAUACUUUCGGCGAGUCCUUCGAAACAAUUCCAAUACAUCGACACCUCUCACACCACACCUCAGAUGAGCGCCCGCACGAGUGUCGUCUCCGAAGAGGGAUCCCUUGCCUUCCGUUACAGUGACUCCUCUGAUAAGACUAAGCCAUUGCUGGCCCGACCGGGACAGCCGGCGGUGCUCUGGGCUCACGAGACAAUCGCCGAGGAGAGUGACGAAGCGUCUUACGCCUCCCUCCCCUUCCAGAAGAAUAUGAAUAAUUUUAAGUAUCUUCCGAACGGAGAUCCGCCUCCACUGCCACCGCCGCUGCCGCCCGACAAUCGCACCUCUUAUGUGUACGACGAGAAGGGUCUCCUCACUCACACCCCUCCCCACGCAUCAGGCAAUAUGUUUUGUAAAGUAGACGUUCACCACAACGAUAACAGUGACUCUUACGACGAGUUCUUAAGACCACAACACGUUUGAGAGACCAUUUCCGCUCAGUUUUUUCAAUUGGUUUACAGAAACGUUUUUUAUAUAAAUUAUUUUAAAGCCUUUUACCGCAUAAUCGAGUCGACGAGUAGUCGACUUCAACACACAAUUCAUAAAUAUAUUACUUAUUUGAGUGAUAAGUGUUUUUAAACAUUUCGAUGUCAUGUCAUGACUACUGGCCUAUUAUUUGGGUCUAAUGUUGUGUAUAAUAACCCGAAACCUCAUAAUAACAUCAUUUUUUAGCGAAUCAUAACUCAAUUGAUAUACAAAAUAGUCUCAAACACAUAGUCAAAUCACACUUAUUUACAUUUGACUCGAAUCUCAUUAAAAUAUAUAUCAAAAUAUGUUUUCCUAAAAUGUGACCAAAGAUUUUGUUUGUCGUGCGAAUCGUUUGAAAUGUCAGUAAAAACCCUCAAAAGAAUAGUCCGAUUAAUGUUUGAUAGCAUAUAUAAAGUGAUGACAUAAUGACGGUUGAGAUUAACUUUUUUGUUUCCAAGAGUUGGUCACAAAGAAAUCCUUGACAUGUAUUUUGGGCGUCGAUCUAAGAGACGAUUAUUAUUUCCUAAAGACUGAGCUCUCGAACGAAACAUUAAAUUUUUAAUGACAUUAAUAUCGCAAAUCGUGUUUCGCAUCAUUUCGUAUUCAAAAACACUUAUUAUUCACUCAUUCAUUAUUGUGAAUCCACUCAUCGCUUAUAAAUAACUUCUAAUAAUAAUAAUAAGACUGAAAGAUAUGGGCGGUUAUAGUGAAGGGAUUGGUAUUCCUUUUGGUGCCAUUCAGAUGUGUGCUCUCUCUCGGCAGUGUAUUUUUGGGACUAAAAGUGUGUAAAUUAUACGAUAUAUAUUACAAAAUAAUGUCUGAUUAAUAGAGAAUUUAUUUAUAAAUUUAUUUACAAAAACUUUCAGUGAUUGUCAUAAUCAUGUCGAUUGAUG